AACGAGUGCGGGUGCCAAAUCCAAUCCACGAUGUCGCCGCCGGAAAUUCAAUCCACGAUGUCGCCGCCGCCGCCGGCGGGUUGUCCCUUAAGCCAUUGCUGCCUCUGGAAUGAGCUGUGCUCGCCGCUAAACCCGCGCGUCGACCCCGGCCGGGAGUACGCCUCCAUGCCGACCGGCGCGGACGACAGCCCCGCCCGGUCGGUUCUGGUCGGGAUCACGGCGACGUCAGGGGGUCUCCGCUCGCUACGCCUCCAUCGAUUCCGCGUCGCGGGCUCCGGCCGCGUCAUAGGCCGGAGCGGCGUUGCCCUGGAGACCUUGGGCGACGACUACUACAGAGCCACGACUCGUACGUCACACAUCCGCGCUGCCAGCGCCGUGGGUAGCUCCGACGGCCGCCACCUCUGGCUCUACUUCUUCUCCCGGGAAGCUGACUUCUCCGACCCCAAAGUCGCCAAAGUCGCCCCUCCCGUCCCCCUGCAGCUGCAAAUGGACCUCGGCGCCGCCAACGACGACAAGGGCAUCACUGUGUCACGUCUGCCGGAUCUACCUAUAGGGCCCCUCAUGCCGACCUGCCCGAUCUCGGCUGCCGGCGACCUCUGGGCACCAUACCUCACUGGAGUUCAUGGCACUUCCAGCUUCGUGAUGCAACGCUUUGACAAGUAUGCUGAAAAGUGGGUGAAGGUCAAGACCCUCGCGUUGAAACUUCCCCCAACGGGCGCUGACAUGCUCAGCGAUACCAUCCCUGUCCUCCAGGGGCAUGUGGUGAUUGGUGACACAAUCCUAUUGUCGCUCUGGCCAUUUCACCUCUUCUACACGUUCAAUUGCUCUACCAGUACCUGGGCCGCAGUUGCUACCUCCAAGAAUGAUGGGACGUCGUUCGCUCCAAUACGUGAACGUGGUGUGUAUGUGGAGGAAGAUGACACGAUCUACUUCCUCUGUGGUGCUACUAUAUUUGCCUACAAGCUGUGCAAGGACCAGGAUCAGUAUCAGAUGGCGCCGCCUACCAGACUUGGCUGUGUUUGUCCUUUCAGCCAUGAAGGAUAUGGGUUCCUCGCAUAUCUUGGUGGCAGGGUCAUGUGCUCUGUCUGGAUCGGUGUUAAGCUCCUUUGCAAUUGUGAUGCCAAACAUGUGCUAAUCACCACAUUUCGAGUCAAGGGAGAUGGCAGUGAGCACUUCGUCCCCAAAGGUGUGAAAGUCUUGCAUUCCACCUGCCGCCGGUUAGACAUGGCGCCGAGCAAGUCCCUUAAAUCCUACCUUGAGUUCAGCUUCCUACAGGAGUACAAGGAGUUCAAUCAUGAGAACGCAACACCGCCUGCAAAAACGAGGAGAGGUGAUGUAAUGGAAUCCUCAAUGCUGCUGGAGGACAUGGAAGUUCCAGCCAGCUUCAAUGUGGUCAAGUCCUCCAAUAUGCCUGGUUGUUGCAGAGAUGUUUUGAAUGAAGUGUCAUUGUUAUGCACUGCUAUGCUUGAGAAGUCUGCUAUCCGGACGAACAAAACUUUAUAUAUUAUUUGCCAAGUUGCUUCUCAUUCAACUGUGUAUACGAUUAAUAUCCUGGAUGGAAGAUUGACGUGCCAUGACAAGACUCUCACACCACAUUGCAUUCUGGAGACAUCUAUGUGGUACAUUGAGGAUGUUAUCCUGAAUCAGCUUAUUGAAAGAUCCUGGCAUUUUUUUUGUGACAGCAAAUCCAUAUAUGCUGCCCCAUCUGUUGAAAAUAAAGUUUAUUCAUGUUGUUUGGAUCAGGGAUACAUCGAUAGCAUUGAUUCAACAAGGCCUGUUGGUGUUCAAUUCCACCUUGUUGUUCUAGUUGGUAUCACGGUUGUUGCUAUAAGUGGUUCUCUCCAAGAUGUCUAUCACUUGUCUCAAGGCAAAUGGAUAUGCCACACGACAUCUGGGCCUCCUGAUCUAGAUAAGGAGGUCCGUCUGUCUGGAUAUGUAGUGUUGAGUUCUUCUACCUUUAUGGUUUCUGAUGCUGAUGAAAAUCGCUGCUUUCUGCAUGACAUAGUUAAUGACAAAUGGAACAUUGUCAAGCCUCUCAAGCCAAGCGGUUCACCUGUAAGUGCUUGUCUAAGUGAAAGAUGUGUAUUUGCCAAGGGUUUUAUUUACACUUGCUCAGAUUGGGGUCUUGCUGCAUUUGAGUUGGUUGAGCAAGGUGGUUCUUAUUACCUUGGCGAGCUGGUAGAUUUGCGGUUUUCAUGGCUGAACUAUUGGGAACGCAACAGAAUGUGCUUGGAAUAUGUUGGUGAAGACACAAGCUCUGGUGCCAUUAUGUUUUGUGUGGCGGGAGAUGAUCAAAUUCAUCAGCCUGGUUAUCCAAUAAAUGAGAAACCUGUACGUAUCACUACUGUCCAGGUGAAGACUGAAGAAAUGCCUGAUGGUAAGCUGAAACCGAAGUCAAUUUGCCAUGUGGACAUUGGCACUACUUUUGUUCAGGGGAUUGGAGGGGCACUUUGGACCCGAGAUUGCUUUGCAGCUGCUGAUAUUCAUGCCUGAUGAUCGCUAUAACUUGUGUGCUGAAAAUCAUGUAUUUGUUAAUCUAUAAGUUACCAUACAUCAUGAAACUUGUCUGAGAUGCAGUGGGGUGUUUUUAAACAUGUAGUCAGCAGGCAUGUCGUGGUUGUUGAAUGUGGACCUUCAACUAUGACUCUGAGAAUAUAUGACUUCUAAAAAUUGUCUGUUUUGUUUCUGUUCA